CCAAAACUCUCCUCCAAACAACCUCACUAUCGCUUGACGGCCAACUCAUUCGCCCAAUGUCUUCCGGUCGCCGCCGUCUCCCACACCCAACUGGCAGCGGCAAGGACUUUUUGCUUCCACUUGCACUCACACUGACUACCGCAGCGAUCGCAACCGCUGGUCUCUACUUCUGGCCCGGCAGCGACACCCCAUGGACCUCUCCGCACGAGUCCGAAGAUGAGGUCGAAGCCGGAGGAAGAUCCCGCAAGUCCAGACGGCACCAAUAUUUCGACAGGAUCACGGAGGAGGAUACUGAUGACUUGAUUGAAGAUGCUGGACGCGACGAAAAAGUAAGAAAAGAAAAAUCUUCCCACAGGCACAACACCGGCAGCACCAGACACAGCACCGGUAGUAGCAGCACAAUGAUGGCGGGAGCGUUAGUUGUGGACAGGAUAGAGCACGCGGUUGGAAAAGCAGCAGACCUAUUGCCGGGAACCUCGGAAAGAAAGAAAGCCGAAGCACUGAGAGAGAUCAAGAAAGAGGCCGAGGAGGUAUCGAAGAAGCAACAAUAUGUUCCGAUGCCGACAAGGAAGAAGAGUGUGGCGAUUGUCGUGUCCGAGAGAAAGGUGCUUUUCGGGCAGGACUCGGACUUGGAUUUUGAGGAAGCAGGCCUGCCAUCAUCACUUCUAUCACAUCUACCACACCCAUUGGACCUCACUCAUACCGUUGUCAACAUUCUGGUGUACUCGCCACAACUUAAAACCCAUCCACUCUCCAAAUCUAGUGCAUUUCGCUCCCAACACGCGGCAGCCGCAGCCGCAGCCGUGGUAGAGGCCCCAGUGGGCAGUUCUGAUAAGUUACUUCAUAAACCCUCGGCAUCCCACUUCUCACCUACUGCGUCCACUUUCACUCUUGCUUCCUCUAUGCUUCCAUCCGAGUGCCCGCUUGAACAUAUCCUUCCAUUUACACAAGCAUCAUCUAUCGUUCCUCUUUUACGCACCUUGGCUCCUGAGACCGUUUACAUCGAAGAACCUCUCACACUGCCCACAUCCGGUGGGAUAGUCUCCACUUUGCUUGAAGGCAGGUGGGUGGGGAACGUAGUUGUUGGGCUUAUUGGAGAUGACGAUCAGCUUGCUCAGUUAAUGGAUAGCGACGACGAGAAGAUGCAAGAGGAGGAGAAAACUAGGAAGGGCGAAGGGAAAUGGUGGGGUACAGAAGUGGAGGGGAGCAUAAGAGGAAGGUUCGGAAACAGGGUGCAGAUUGUUGAGGGGUGGGUCCUAAUUGAGGAUUGGAGAAGGAGGGUAGAGGAGAGAUCGUAG